CUCGCUUGCGGGAAACCGCCACCCAGAGGAGCGGCCUCGCCUCAGCCUGCCGCCGGGACUCAGAGGCGGCUGCAGAACCGGCCGCGGCUUUUUCGUGUGGGUCUCCGGGCGGGUGGAAGUCCGCCAUGAGCGCCGCCGCCGCCUCCUCCGAGGGAGAACAGCCCUCGGUCGCCCUCAGACUCGCUUCGCAGCCUUCAGGCGGCGACCGGGCGGCGCAGGAGGAAGGCAGCCGCGGAGAGAACGCGAGGAGCGUUGAGGCAGCGGUGGAAGAACCAGCGGCGGCCGCGGAAGGGAACGAGGCUCGGCACUUCGCCCUCUGCCUGGCCCCUGAGGCGGGGGCGGAGGUGCAGGAAGUAGAAGAAAGUAUAGAAGAGAUGUUAAUAAGACUGGAUGAGUUCUGUGGCAUGACUGACAUGAUUAGAAGUGACACAUCCCAACUUUUGGAUGAGGCGAUUCCACUCAUUAAAGCCAAGAUGAUAGAAAUGAACAACAUCUAUAUGAAGGUGGACAAACUAGAGACUGAAAUGACAAUUCUCCAGGCAUUGGUUCAGCAGAUGAGGUGGCAUGAAACAUUUAUGAACAUUCUAACUGCUGUGAAGUUUUUAAAAACUGCCAGCGUGAAAGGCUUUAAGGCAUUUGUUAAAAUGGUUGGACAGCAUCUUUCUUUCUUAGAAGAACAAGUGCUGCAAGCAGAGAAGGCUCAUGCUGUCCUUCCGUACACUGUCCGAAAGCUAUUUGGAUCUUCUGCUCUCCCUUUAUUUAACAACAAACACACCUCGUCUCCACAGCACACUUACAACCUGCCAGAACUCUACAGAACUGAAGACUAUUUUCCCAUCAAGUACAUAGGUAGCAAAUACCAAAGCCAUUAGUUCUGUAUUUAUCUACAGUGUCUUAGCCAAAUUAGUCUGAAUAUUUGUAGCAAUUAUACAGGGAGAGUAAAAGGUUAGACCAAAGAGGGAAAGAAGGACAGCACUGAGUUUGAAUAGUAUCUAGGUCAAUAGGAACCAGCUCAAAAAUACAGAACAUUCAGACCGAAGUCCUAGUUUGAACCACUGACGGUCUCCUGCAUUCAGACUUCACGAAGGCCUACAACAAACUAUGUUGCCAUGCUUGCACAUUCUCUUCUUCUUCCAGUUGCAGGCGGAGUGCUGCUGAUUGGUUUUUGCAACUUCUAUCCAAGUAUAGCCUAGACAACUUGGUAUACGUUUCCUUUCCAGAAACAGAGUGUAGAAUUCUGGUUUGUAGAAGAAAAACUACAAAUUGUGCAGGCGCCAACACUUCAAUGUCACUCACAAUACAUUGGAGUUAUUUUAAAAACAGUAAUGUUCUGAGGGCCAUACAAACAUAAGCCACAUUCAUGUCCAUCACAUUGCCUCAAGUUUUGCUAGCGAUCUUUGUUUUUUGUUUGACACUUGAGACGUUUGCAUAUACAAGCGUUUAGCAUCAAGAGACAGCACAUCUGAGAUGUCAAGAUUUUAUGAACCCUACUUACCUUAAAUACUUCUCUGAUUGCAUUGAAGAAGUUAUUUUCUCGCUUUAGAUAUAACUGUUAAAAUGAUCAUUUAUACAAGGGAUGUUUCAGUUAUGUUCUAAUGUGUACAGUGCAGAAAUUGCAUCUUGAACGUAGCUCUCACAGGCUCUGCACAGACAAGUCCACAUGAUGACUGAAUACACAGGGAAGGAAAGUGGGCACAGGCAUACUGGUCCCACCCCUCACCCUGCACAAUUGCCAAGUUGUUUUUGCAGAGUAAAUAUGCAAAGUGCCCACAUGUAUGCUCUCUCCCCAUUAUCAGCAGUGUUCGUAAAGCAGUUUCACAGAUCACAGGAAGGAAGUGUAUGCGCAGACACAUCCUCUGUUCCUCUGCUUAUAAGCACAGUCUACUUAAGGGUGUGUGUGUGUGUGUGUGUGUGUGUGUGUGUGUGUGUGUGUGUGUGUUUGUGUCCAGUCCCAGUGCGGUCAGUCAAAAUGGGGAUGGGUUGUCUAUACAUGUCUCAAGUGGACAUAUUACAAUUCAAAAGGAAUAUACACAGCCCAUUCAGUUUUUUUCACCCUGUCCUAGAUAUUCAAUGUUCCCAUAUAAUGUAGCUUGAAUGGUAUAAAUAAA